CGAGAGGGCUUUAAUUUAUCUGUGAAAGUAAGAAACAUAGUUUUUGAUUAUUUUAGUCCUUUCCUCUCGAAUCAACAAUGGGGAAGAAUCAAGUGCAGAGGAAUUCGAGUUUUAGGUUUGAGAUAGAUAACUUCUCGGAGAAGGAAGCUGUGAUAGCGUCUCAGAUAUUCGUGAGUCACGGAUGCGAAUGGUAUCUCAGCGUCCAUCCGAAGGGAGAUAGUCUUUGUGAUGAUCACUUGCCUAUCUUCUUGUACGUUGCAAAUCCUAAAUCAUUGGGAAAGGGAUGGAAAAGGAAAGCUAAUUUUCGAUUCUUUCUGUUAAAUCAAUCCGACAAAGAGCUCUACAGAUCACCAAUUGGACAGGGUUUGUACAGUGCUAAGUUUACAGGCAAGGGUUUCCGAAACACCUUUCCUCUUGAAAAGCUUCAGGAAAGAGGGUUUUUAGAGAAUGAUAGACUCAUCGUUGAAGUCUACAUUAGUCGUGUUGAAAUUGUUGAUGGAGAAGGCAGAGUUGUAUCAGAGAACAAGGAGACUCUAGAUAUCAACGGUUUUCAGGUUUUUGCUUCUCGGGCUACUUCAGCAAGAAAGAUAUUCACAGAGCACCCAGAUUUGGCAGAAGAUUUCAAACCAAAGAACCAAGUAGUGAAGACGGAGUACAUGAAUGUCCUUCUCAACCUCAUUGAGACACUUAACAAGCCUUCACAGAAUCACUCAGAGAGUGAGCUAAACAAUGCUCAAAGUGAGUUGAGCGAGCUGAUGGAACAAGGCUUCAAGCUGGACUGGUUGAAGUCAAAGCUUGAUGAGGUUUCCUUGAAGAGGAAGAAAGCAGAUGCGGAUGUCCAACAACUCGGUGAACGUGUUAAGAAUCUUGAGCUGAUGAACUUGGACUUCAAGCUGGACUGUUCGAAGACAAAGCUUGACGAGGUGUCCUUGGAGAGGAAGAAAUCAGAUGAUGCUGAUGGUUCUCGGGUCAAAGAAAUGGAGGCACGCAUCAAGAAUCUUGAGAUGGUUGUGUCGGAUCUUAAAGUUAAACUGGACAAGGAUGAGGGCAAAUCUUUUGCUGAUGAUUUUGUGUUGAUGGAACAGGUUGACUGGACGGAGAAUAAAAAGUUUUAUUAGACUUUCAUGCACUUCGAUUGUGUUGUCAGAGUACUGGGAGCUUUUCACCAAGGUUUUCAUCUUUAAAAUAAAUAAAGAAAUAAAAACAAUAAGAGGAGAGAAGGAGAGAUGUUUGAGAAUCUAAAGAUAAUAAUUAGAUAAUAAAGGUGUGCGUUAUUUAUUUUUAAAAUUUUAAUUAGAUAAUAAAGUUAAAAUAAAA